CACUCAGCUGGCUCUGCUUAGGUAGCCGCGGUGGUGGUGAUAGGGAGGUGGAAGUCACUCCAAGCAAACAUCACACUACAAGCAGUAAACAUGGAGCCCCUGGAGGAAUACCACUCUCCAUUUGACUUUGAACAGGGAGUCAACACCAGGUACCUCUACCUCUCUCCAGCCUUCAGCGACACGCCACCCAGCUCGCCAGCACUCAAAGACAGAGGCUCCCAGCAGCACCCGGACUCAAUCCCUGAGGUGGGAGAGGAUGCAGUAACGUCUGUCACUCCCUCUCCUCCUGUACCCGCCAUGACAGAGGAAGAGCGGCAGGAGCUACAAGAGGAGCUGGUCAAGGUUGAGGAUGAGAUCCAGACUCUCUCCCAGGUACUUGCAGCUAAAGAGAAGCAGCUGGCAGACAUAAAGAGGAAGUUGGGCAUAACACCUCUCAAUGAGCUCAAACAGAACAUCUCUAAAACCUGGCAGGAGGUCACCGGCUCUAAUGCCUAUAGAAGGACUUCUGAAACCCUUUCUCAGGCUAGUCUGAAGGCCACAGCUGCAUUUUCUAAUGUGGGCACCGCCAUCAGCAAGAAGCUGGAGGAUGUUAGAAAUGCACCAACUUUCAAGUCCUUUGAGGAGAAAGUUGAGACUUUAAAGACCAAGAUGAGCCCAUCAGCGUCUACAAGCUCCACCACUAACCCCAGCGAGCAGAACAGCGACACCCCAGCUGCUGAGUCUUUGCCUGAAAACUCACCCACCCCUGAGCCACCGAUGAACUGAGACAUCCCUAUCUCUCCUCCUGACCUCUCUCCACUUGACCCUUUAACCCCUUCAGACCACCAACACCCCCUCCUCUAAACCUUUGUGUGCCAGUGUCUCUUUAUUGGAGACAAAUGACUUACUCUAGCCUUCUUUGUGAUCUAAUUGUCUGCUCGUUUUUUCCUGGCACGUGCUCGCGCUUGUAAACAGGCGAGAAAACUGAAAGCAUGGGCUGCUGGGGGGACAGUGGUCUUGUGGGAGAACUCCUCUUUGCUGUAUGGCUUUUUUCUCUCCUCCUGCACUCCUCAUUCCUCUUUGUCUAACCAGCAGAUGCCAAACAUGCUCCUUGUUUACUUUGUCUUUGUUAAAUUAACUCUUUUCCACUUUUUUUGUGUUUGUUUGAGAUUAGAAGAUUGCACAAAUAUAUAAAGAUUUACAUUUAGAGACUUGAUUAGAGAAGGAUUUACUCUUUUUAUGAGAGCCAGGCAGUUCUGCUUCUGCAUGGCCCUCAAAUAUGUGUUGUUCUUGUUAGAAGCACUUGUUUUGUCUUCUUCUGUUAUGGGGUCAUUCUUCAUUUACUAUGAGUUAACAUUUUGGUGUAAGGUUCAUCUCUGUCUCUUCUGGGACAAACCGUAGACAAGAAAUAGUCUAACACUGUGUUUAGAAAAUGAAUGUAUGCCUUUUGUAUCAUAAACAAACAGGUACAAAACUUUAACUCGCAGUCUUCAGCUUCUGAUGUAAAGUCACAGAUUUCAAAGGUUGUAUUUCAAACCCCACCGUACAAUAAAAGUUAUUCUCCAUUGUUAAAAGGGUGUCACAAAAUGAUCCCCACAUUGAAAGAGCUCCAGGAAAACAGCCAAGAUCAGCAGCACUGAGGCAGAGCAAACAUACAGUCAAGGUUCAGCCCUGACCCGAGCUGAGAGUGAAAUAAAUGUCUCUUCCACAGCCAGAGUCAAUAUUUAAACACUCACCUAUUGUUUCUAUGUGGGAGGCAACACCUAACCCUACCGCCUCGUUUCAUACUGCACUACAGAGAAAAGUGAGGCGAAGGACUCCACUGAGGGUUUUUAUUCCACUGAUACCGAACAACAUCAUAAAAUAGAUGUUUAGCCUAACAUCUGACUAAUCUGCCACUUCGACAUUCAUUUUUCACCCAUGCUAGCAGCUUCAAUUCUUUGUGCAAGACUGAUAUAUCUCUAACAAAAUGAUUGAUUAAAAAUUCGGCGACAUUCCUGGCCCCCACAGCACGAACCUGUGGACUCUGACUUUCCUUUAGUGCCACCAUGAGGCUGAAACAUGUUAUAUUGAGUGAAAUAUCAACUGUUUGAUGAAUAGCUGUUACAAAUAACAUUGACGUUCCUUAAUACCUUCAGAUCUGCUUUUAGGUUUUGGUGCUUAUCAACCAAUGUUUUGUUCAGAUAGCAUAUAUAGAGAACAUUACACAUGCUUUUCAUCUGUACUGUGGCAUUGCCUUAGCAAGCAUGCUAACAUGCAAACCAAAAAUAAAGUACAGCCUGUAAAACUG